AUGGCCGAAAACAAACAAAAUCGGGAUGAUGUUCUCAGAUGUUCUAGAUGUAUGGAAACAUUCCGGAAACCAGUAAUGCUACCCUGUCAGCACAGUUUUUGUAGGGAAUGCAUUGGUUUGUAUGCUGACAAAUCUAAAUCUGUACAGACAGAUGAGGCCUCCGACAGCACGGUGAGUGAGGAUGUCCAUCAGGUGAUAGUAUGCCCUGUGGGUCGGGCACCGACCAGUCUGGGGAGAGAAGGGGUGGCUGGUCUAGCUCCCAACUUUCAUCUGGCAGAAAUUGUGGGGAGGUUCUCGUCUGCUGUAAAGGUUAAAGAUAACAUCCCUUAUUGCUCUGUGUGUGAGGACAAUUACGCUAAAGCUGUUAAGUUUUGUACCAGCUGUGGUGUGCGCUACUGUCCGGAAUGUCUUGCUAUUUGUCACCCAGUGAGGGGGCCUCUGAAAUGUCACCGACUGAUUUCGUCACAGGAAUACCUCUCCCAGGAAACGUCACAAGGUCAUGUCAGCUUAGGCCACCAAUCGACUCGGCAAGCCACAUGUGCUAGACACGGUCAGCCACUCUGCUUGUACUGUGUAACGUGCCGGAUGGUGAUUUGUGUGGGGUGUGUGGUUGACCAUCCGGAACAUGCUGUGCGGGAUAUACCAUCUGCAGCUGAGAAUGACAAGCUAGCUGUUUUGAUCAAGACUAGUGAACUGGAGAAAGUCCUACAUGAAACUAAAGAAUCACUGUCAGGAGUUAGGAGGCUGGACAGUACUAUACAGGUAAACCAGGAACUUCACACUCAGGAGGCAGAAAAGGCUUAUUGCGCAGCCUUGGAAGCUUUACAAGCCCGGAGGCUGCACUCGUUAGAUGGUAUAAAAACGCGCUAUUCACAGUGGCGAGUGGAGUCUAGCGCCAUACUCAAACAUUUCCAACUACAGGCCCAGGAAAUGGAGAGGGAUGGUACAGGCUUCCAAGGAUUUAUUAGCGUCAAUGGACGUCGAAGUUUUACAGCGCCUGGAGUGAGCCGAGAGGAAGACUGGAUUGUUAUAUUGGAAACGUUUGACAAAAGAAUUGAUGAUCAGCUGAAUGAGAUAAGAGCAGAUCUGGAGAAACACGAGAUCAGCAGACAGAAGCUUCUAGAUUCUGUACAACAUGACCGUGUUGUCCCUAGACACUCACUGACAGUCCUGGACAGUGAUGACCAGUCACUGACAGUCCUGGACAGUGAUGACCAGUCACUGACAGUCCUGGACAGUGAUGACCAGUCACUGACAGUCCUGGACAGUGAUGACCAGUCACUGACAGUCCUGGACAGUGAUGACCAGUCACUGACAGUCCUGGACAGUGAUGACCAGUCACUGACAGUCCUGGACAGUGAUGACCAGUCACUGACAGUCCUGGACAGUGAUGACCAGUCACUGACAGUCCUGGACAGUGACAGCAAGCAGGUGAUAGGCACUGUCAGUGAUGUUGUCACAGAGCCUCUCGUGUCAUAG